UCGACUCUAUGGUGGUCCCAACGGCCCUCCGGGGCGCGGAGCGGGAUGAACUCGGGCGCCGGCGGUAGCGGCUGCAGCGGCGGCGGCGGUGACAGGGACGGCACUGGGGCCGCGGAGCGGUCCCGAAGGGGCAGUCCCGGAGAGGAUGGCUUCGCCCCGUCGGCGCUGGGGACCCGAGAGCAUUGGGAUGCUGUCUAUGAGAGAGAGCUGCAAACUUUUCAAGAAUAUGGAGAUACAGGAGAAAUCUGGUUUGGAGAAGAGAGUAUGAAUCGGCUAAUAAGGUGGAUGCAAAAACGCAAGAUUCCAUUGGAUGCUUCAGUGCUUGAUAUUGGAACUGGAAAUGGUGUUUUCUUGGUUGAACUUGCAAAAUUUGGUUUCUCUAAUAUUACUGGAAUUGAUUACUCUCCUUCUGCAAUACAGCUUUCUGGAAGUAUUAUAGAGAAAGAGGGUUUAUCUAACAUUAAGUUGAAGGUAGAAGACUUUUUGAAUCUUUCCACAAAGCUGUCUGGAUUUCAUAUUUGUAUUGACAAAGGGACUUUUGAUGCCAUAAGCCUUAAUCCUGACAAUGCGAUUGAGAAGAGGAAGCAGUAUGUGAAGUCCCUCUCUGGGGCGUUGAACGUGAAAGGCUUUUUUCUAAUAACCUCGUGUAAUUGGACCAAGGAAGAGUUGCUAGAUGAAUUCAGUGAAGGAUUUGAACUUUUCGAAGAGCUGCCAACACCCACGUUCAGCUUUGGAGGCAGAUCUGGAAACAGUGUAACAGCAUUGGUUUUCCAGAAAACGUGAGACUUUUCACUGGACAAAUUCAGUUAGCUUUGUUAAGAAGCUCCACAUCAAAGUUAACCUGACACAGAAAUGCAAGUGCAAAUAAAUGCUUAGUAAGUACACAGGAUGCACAUGUUGAAUAGAUGUAAUGGGUUGGUAAGAAUAUGAACAUGUGAGUGGUUGAGUUUUAGAGACCAACCAAGAAUCAUUUUAAAGUUUUCUUUUGUAUUUGAAAUGUAAAUAUUUUUCUCUUCGAUUAAAAAAAAUUUCCUGUAACUGCUAAACAGUCAAAAACUUUAAAGCAGUAAUUGAAUUUAUAGAAAGCAUGUAUUCUUGGUUUUUGUACUUUGGUAAAGUUGAAUGGAAUAUAGCUGCUCGUUAAGAUUUGACGAAACUACUCCAGGGCCAGAAUAAUAAACACCAACUUUCUUAGUGUUUUAUUAGACUGUCUAUAAACAUAAUAAGUAUAAUAUUUUGGGUUGAAUGGUGGUUCUUUAAAAAAAAAAAAAAAUUAAUACCUGAGGAAAAUCCCCUAGUUUUCAUGUGUAUAAUCAAACAAAAUCAGAAAAAACAAAAAAACAAAAAAACAAAAAAACCCCACAAAAUCAGAUAAAUGUAUGAGUUGAUCAAGAAAUAUUUAUUGAGCUUGUAUUUUGCUGCUGAUGGCCUUUACACACUGUGAAGGAUAAACAGGAAGUAGGAAAGACAACUAAGAGAUCCUGUUAUCUGCUAGCACUGUGUUAAGUUACAUUAUGAUAAUUAAGUCACUGAAUUCUUCAAAUAUCUUCUCAAGGUAUGUAUUAACUUAUUCCUGUUUCUACAUAUCAAAGGGCUAGUAUUGGGGCACCUGACUGGCUCAGUUGGUAGAGCAUGUGACUUGAUCUCGGGGUUGUGAGUUCGAGCCCCACAUUGGAUAGAGAGAUUACUUAAAAAUAAGAUCUUUAUGUAUUUAUUUUAAAGGUUUUAUUUAUUUGUCAGAGAGAGAGCGCACAAGCAGGGGGAGCGGCAGGUAGAGCUAAACAGGGAGCCUGAUUCGGGACUCAGUCCCAGGACCCCAGGAUCAUGACCUGAGCCGAAGGCAGACGUUUAACCAACUAAGCCACCCGGGCAUCCCGAAAUAAAAUCUUAAAAAAAAAAAAAAAAAAAAAAGGCUAGUAUAAGAUGGAGCCAGGAUUCUUUGGGUCUGAUUAAAACCCGUUCUCUUCCCCUAGAAUAUUCUGCUUCCCAAGGUGCUAAGUCUCUGCCUUAUUGGUACUUAAAGUUCAGUAGGGGAACCAGGACUGGUCCAGAGAAGUUUAAUAGUUGGAUUUUCAAGAGCUCUGCGGCUUCUUGUUAGUGACAGUGUUGGUCUGUGGACUGUGAGUUAGUAAGUCUUCCUUCACCAUUUUUCUCCAUCUCUCUUUUGUCCUAAUCGAGAACUGAAUAGUGUCAUUCUUUUGUGAAAGGGUGCUGUAGGCUAUAUGUAUAUAUAAGCCUUCAGAGACAUGGGGACAAAGAUGUUUUAGUUAGGGCUGAUUCAGAAGAGAAACAGUUUGUUUAUUAACGUUUUUGAAGAGAUAUGUUAAUAUAUGCCAUUUUUCUAUUUGGGCUAAUAUUUUCAUAUUGGAGCCACGAUACAAUUUUUUAUGAUUUUCAGCUUUUUGGGUCUGUUGAAUUUUUGUUUGAUAAAUGUUAACCUAGUAAUGAGUAAGUCUAGCAUUACAAUCCUUUUUCUUUUGUGUGUGUGUCUGAGUGGGGGCAGGGGGUGGAGGGAGAAGAGGGGUUUGAUUUAAACCAACAUUAAUCAACUAUUAAGAUUACUACCUGCCUUGCACAAGAUGACUGAAGACAUUUACAUUAGCUUUCAACACAAAUAACAUUGUUUGAAAAGCUUUCAUUUUUAACAUGUAAAGAGUGAGAAGUUACUUCAAAAUAUAUGUGAUUUAAGCUUAAGAAAAAUUGUGUUGAUUUUACAAACUAGGCGAAGGAUCUUAAACCACAGAAAAAUAGUUUAUAAUUUAUUGAGGCGAUCUGGUCUUUGUUGUUUUUUCAUGUUACUGUUCCUUGAUAUCAAAUAUGAUAGUAGUGUGGAAGUACUUUUUUUUAGAAUUUUGAGUUGUUACGUAUGCUAUUUUAAAGCACCACUCUAACAGAAUGGGCUUUCUGUGCCACCAGACUGACGCAUUGGGUUUGAUUCACUGAUAGCUUGGAGCGGGCCUUUGUUGAAAAGCUCUGCAAGUCACCCUCGUGGCAGAGUAUGUAUGUUCCAUUUGCAAAGAUGGAGGAUUUGGGGGAAUCGUGGAGCUGUUGCUCAGGUCAGGAGAAGGGAUUUGUCAUCUCUCCUUAUCAGUUAAUCCUGCUGGAAGCCGGCCUCUCAGAGGUUGAAAUUAGAACAAAUGGAAGGUCCGAAAAUCAAACAGUAAAUUAGUAUUUUCAAAUAAUACCACACUUUAAAAAACCAGGCUAGGAAAUGGCCCCAAAUUACUGAAGCAAAUCGUAAAUAUGUGACUAUUAAACUGAGUUUUGUUAAAGCACAUGACUGUGUGGGUGACUGGAAGGAAUUAUACGGUUAUAAAAGGGAGCAGUGAGUUAUGUAGUGAGCGCUGGUUUCUCUGCAUAAGAAGUUGGAAUUGUAAUUUUAUUUCAUCAAAAGACACUCUUAUUUUGAGGAAACUUGUUUGAAAUGCAAACGAAGUUUCUCUCCAGAGCCUGCACGCCAUUGUUGCUUCUCAUUACGAUGUUAUGAGCCGGCACUUCGCUUCUGUGUGGAGGAAGCGCACAGGCCAGUCCGAAGGGAUUUGAGGCUGAAUGGGUGGGUUACACCAAUUAACAAAUAGAAAGUUUUCAGAACAUUUCGUCUUAAGCCAGGUGCACAAGUCAGAGUUGCUUUUUGGGGCUGGCAUUUAUGCAUAUGAGAAUCAAACCUGACACUACUCUUGGCAGCUUGACUGAAGCCAUUUUAAAAUAAGUACAAACUGUCCUAGAAUUGAUUUUCCCCCAUUGUAGUAGCAGCAAGUUGGCCUUUCUUCUUCGUCUGUGACACGCAUGCAGUUUUCUGUUAUUUGGGGGGGAAGAAGGGAGGUAAACAUACACAAAAGACUUCUAGUUUUUGAGUGAAUAAUGUGUUUCAGUUCACUUACUAUUUUUAGUUUUCUGUGGCUCUGUAAUAUAGUACUGUAUGUUGGCCUUAAUUCACGUUCACCCGGAAUAUAGUAGAAAGCUUCAUUUUUAAGGAGCCUGUGUUAGCCUCCAACCGUUGAAAUAUUUUUCCCUAAAUUGAUAUGCAAAGAAAUAGAGUAUCCCUGCUUAUGUCAAUCGACUCUGAUUUAUGUUUUCUUAAAUAAUUUUAUUUUAUGUAUUUAUGCAUGCAUGUAUGUGUCUGUCUGCUAGUCCAUAAUGAAAAUAUAUACAAAUGUGAAAACUCAGUUGCUCUCCAGGCUAGCAUUCUGCUGCUGUGGGGAGGCCUGGGUUUGAUUUCCUGUUGUUGGCACUGUGAACUAGAGUGUACGUGCUCCAGAGACAGCUUUCUGCUUUGAAAGCAAGAGACCAAGUGUCUUGUGUUCCACAGUAGUAACCUCUUUAGCUAAUUGUGUGUGUGGGGGGGUGUGUUGAUGGGCUCUGAAAGGAGUCUUGUCUAGUACACUCCACUGGAAGGAGGCUGCCCAUGACCUAGAGCUUGAUUGUGGGAGACCAGGAGCAUGGUAGGUUGAAGGACAAUUGCUUAGUGGGAAAAAAUUAGGAAACCCUUGUCAUUUCUCUGUUAGGCAGGAAACAGAGAUGUCCUUAGACGAAGGGGGAGCACAUGAGCAUGUUUUAUUAACAGUUAAUGGAAGAAAAUUAAUGCUAAUUUAUUCUUCAUACACACCAUGCAAUUUGUUAGAAAAGUAAAAGAAUAGUUUGAAAUUCUUUGGUCAAUUGAUGGAUUCCUAUGUUAGGGGCAUAGAAAUGAAACUCAACAUUAAGCAGACAAAUACCCAAGCCCACAGGCUACAUAAAUGCUGAAUAAAACCAGCUCUACAAUGGAACUCUGAAAAGCGAGGGGUAAGAAGCCUAAUGAAUGAUUGAAUAUGACCUUCGCAAAAUCCCUGGAGUGUUGUUGAAAGAUCAUUCAUUUCCAGCUUAGAUGUCAAGAUGGGCUCCAGUAACCAGGAAAAAAGAGAGCUUGAGUCGGUACUUACUGAGUUUUAAAAAUCUUUACAACUCAGUGCAUUAGACUAAUCAUUAAAAGGGCUUCUCUAACUGAAUUUUGAGCUGUCACUGUGUAGACCUGUAGUUUAGGCCCAGGGAAACCAAAUUAAAAAGAUAGGAAUAAUUCGCAAGACAUGAAUGUAUCAAUAUCCUGCUUUUAUGGAGUAGAACUUCAAAAACUGGAUGUAGAGGCUGGCCGAAUGUACUUUUGUCAUGCUGAUACCAUUGUAAGAAAGACUUACAACCAAGAGAUCAAUUGUGCCUUAGAGUAUUUGCAAAUUACUUGCCCAGUUUAUUAGAGGAAGAUAGGGAAAAAACCAAAAUGUACUUUUUUCAUUUUUAAGUGGCCCAUUCUGAAGAAGUGAUAAAUUCUUUUAUGUUAUAUUUUAAAAUAUGUAUUGUUAUUACUGCAUCGGAAAAUAAGUAUGUUUGUGGGUGAUCUUUAUUGUACAUGCUAUCCAGAAGCUUUGUAAGAAAAGCCAAUCUAACACAUUUGUUUUCCCAAAUACCUAAAAUUUUACACAUGAACCAGGAUUAGCAUAUCCUGGAUGUUAUAUGAGGAGCUGAAAAAGAAAUAUGAAAACACUCCUGUUGAAUAAGGGGACCAUGAACUGUAUUUCUCAUUUUUCAUCAACAUACUUACAGAUGUGAAGCUGUUUAUUAUUCUCUGUGACUCUAGCAGAAUAGAAGUGCUGUUGGGAUGGUCGCAGCUCUCCUGCUCAGGCGGUCCAAGCUGCUUGUCAAAGAUGGGCGGAGUCAGGGGGAGGGAGCUAAAUGGAGCAGAGAGUGGGUGCUGCCGGCGCACGUUUUCUCCUCACCCCUCCUCUAGUAUGAAAAUGUCAGUCCUUUGUUCCCAUCUAAUUUUAGUACAUCCUGGCUAAAAAAAAAAAAAAAAAAAAAAAAAAAAGUUAGGAUGCUUUCCAACCUUGGAACUUGGAGGGGUGGGGUGGGCGGGGAAAGAGGAGAGGAAGGAGCAGUUUACAUUCUGUAUCCGUCUGCCUUUCUGCGACAGCAUCUAGCCCCUAUUCUGUUGAUUCUGGUAAUGAAAUAAAUUUAGAUGCACUGAAGCAGCAAUAAUUAAGUUUUCCUUCCAUGUCCUCAACAAGAAGCCUAGUUGGAGUCUGAAUGGGGAAAAUCAUAAUGUGGCAUUUAAUAAAACAUACUGGGCUAAAUUAAAGAGCUGUGUGCAAGUUUUGGAAGACAGGCCUGAAAUUGUGAAUGAAAAACUGCAUGUUGUCUUACUUAUAAAUAUAACCUUUUGAGGCCCAUUUGUGAUUCAGCAAAACUGCUUUUAUGCUGUUGUUUUGAAUGAGAAUAAUAUUUGUUGAUUUUUGAGAAGCCAUCAUAAGCAAGGCACACAAGUCAGAGGUGUUUAUUCCUUGUGGAAACCUUCACAAGUGUAGAGGGAAAGCUCAGAUUUCGUGAAGAGAACCAGUUGGGUCAAAGAAUUGAUAAUAUAGUUUGUUCAAGAGAUAGGACUGAAUUCCAUAUGGUUUUGUAGUUGGAAGUGCCGAUUGUUAUGGUUAUUAUUUAAUUAAAAAGUAAUUAACCAGGAGCGCCUGGGUGGGAAGCCUGCUUCUCCCUCUCCCACUCCCCCUGCUUGUGUUCCCUCUCUCACGGUCUGUCAAAUAAAUAAAAUCUAAAAAAAAAAAAAAUUAACCAGAUUAAGCUAUGAGGGGAAAUCCACAUACUGAACCCCACUGUGAAAUAAGCUGGUCUUUUCCAGAGGUUUGUUGCUUUAGUGCUCUGAGUUUUCCUCUUGGAAUCUCUGUAUGGUAAAGAUGUUAGGUAGCCAGAAGUAAGAGGGAUCAUUUUGUUAUUAAGUCCAUUUGAUUAGUGAUUUAAUUUGUGACACAUGCAGUAUCACAUUAUUUUCUGAACUUGAAAUUUAUUUUCGUUCCUUUCAUUUUAUAGUAACCUAGUGUUGAAAAUCUGUUAAGUAAUACAGUAAAUAUCAAAGAGAAAUGAUUUUUUGGGGGGAUUUGGUAGGAAAAAAUGAUGGGAAUAUAGGCAGGUCGCUUUCCUUUUCUGGGCUUCAGUUUUCCUCUCUGUAAAAUUAGGGCAUUCAGUAGGUGAUAUUUAGUUUUUCUCUACCCCUGUACUAGUCAGCUUGGGCUACCAUUGACUGUGUGGCUUAAACAACAGAAAUUUACUUUUCAUAGUCCGGAGACUGGGAAGUCCAAGGUCAAGGUGCAAACAAGGCAGGCUUCAUUCUGAGGUCUCUACUCUUGGCUUGCAGGUGGCUGCCAUUCCCCUGUAUGUUCACAUGGCCUCCUUGUGCAUGCUUACAAGGGAGAGAGUGUGGGAGCAGGCUUUCCUGUGUCUCUUCUUAGAAGGGCGAUAAUUCCAUCAGGAGAGCCCCACCCACAUGACUUCAUCUAACUACGAUUACCGCCUAGAGGCCCCACUUGCAAAUACCAUCACACUGGGGCUUAGGGCUUCAACAUGUGAAUUUGGGGGCAGGAAACAAACAUUCAAUCCAUAAUACCUGCUGAAAUUGAUCCAAGAUUUAGAGAAGGGCUUAUGAUUUAGGUUAGAAAUACAGGUUUCCACGAUAUAUGAAAAGUUUAAAUGCUCCCAUUAGCUAAAUAUCAGUUGUUAGGUCACUUUACCGUUCUGUUAAGUCACGGUGUCUAUGUAUAUGAGAAAUAGAUGUACAUAUAAUAAAACAUUUGGAGCAAAAAUCAUGUAUUUUUCCAUCUAAGACAUCUUUGCACAUUCAUUGGUAAACUUUAGAUUUUGGUAUCGUUUGUCUCUCAUAUAUAUUUUUGAUAAUUUAGUUUGUAUUUGUUUGACCAUGUUUUAUCCAAGAAACUCAGAAAUUUACAUCUGAUUGUUUAGUCUCCUUCAAUUUUACAUACAGAAAGAGAUCAAGAUUGGGGUCUAAGCAAACACAAAGGAAUCAUACUCACAGAUGAUCUAAUUUAGAACCAUAAAGUCCCAGGGCUCUGAGACCUUCUCAUGCUACACAGAGACCCAUGCUUGAGUAGAUAGUAUAUGGGUCUGCCCUUCUCAGGCCUUGUAACCUCUCUGGGUUACUGUCUUUCUGUCCUCUACCUCAGGGAUGCUGAAGUAUGUUAAAGGUGCUGGGAAAGUGCCUAAUGGAUAGUAAUACUUACUUAAACGUGGUUUCCCUUCGGAGCCUUUCUUCAGAGCAGUUCCAGUGUAGUGGAGAGAGAAGCAGUUGUGGAGACCUUCUGUAACAGGGUCAGGAAUGUUAGAAGAAUUAGUGUGAAGCAGCUUAGCAUGAUUCCUAGCACACACCAGUCACUAGUCUUUUCUCCAAGAACUCCUUCUCCCCAUUGUAGCUAAUGUAUUGACUUGUUGGAAAUUGUAUCCUUCAGUGCCACUGAGUUAAUAUAUUCAGUUCGACUGUAUUCUAAGAGUGUUUAGAUGAGGGAAGAGAGGAGGAGUGGUAGAUAAGUGAGUAAGAGUGAACAUUUGCAACAGGUGGGCCUUCCAGAACCUCUUAAAAAAUCCUACUGUGUAGCUCCUCCUUGAGUCUAUAGAUAGGGCUGGUGCUGAAGCACCUUUUUAUUUAGCUAAGAAAUGAGGAUCAGAUAGAAUGCCAGAUUUUCACUGAAUGUUCUUUAUGAUGUGUUUCAGCAGACUCCUUAAGAAUACUCAGAUUUAAGAUCAUUGCUUAAGUGAUAAUUAUUUAGUAAUAAAUGUAGGUACAGUGGGGAAAAUGUUCAUGUGGAUGCAUUGGAAUUGGUCAAGGACUUGGUGCACCUUUCUUCAUUAGGUCUGCAUACUAAGGCAUUAUUUCCAGUGACAUGAAACAAGGGAACUAUGAGCAGGUCCCUUAACUAACCAUGCAUUAGGUUUAAUGAAAACCGAGUUGGAUUUGGGUUUUCCUGGGCAUUUAGGAACCAGUGGGCUAAGAUUUUAUCAUUGAUUUCUACCUUUGCAUCAUCUAGAUUUGAUUUCUUUGAUCAGUGAAUCAUAUUUAUUUUCCUUGUUUUAAGUUGAGUUAAUGGUGCCAUUCACAGUGACAUUUCAAAGUUUGAUGUUGGAUAAUACUUUAGUUUAUCUGAUAUGACCUUAGUUUAUACUGGAACUGACAGUAUCGUAUAUAAUUUACAGUGAAACAGUUGUUUAUCCUAGUCUAGAAAACAUUUGAUUUUCAAAUUUGUUUGUUUAUUUAACCUUUUUAUUGGCGGUUAAGUGACUAUCUCAGUGCCUGGGCUGCUUAGUGUGACUGGGGAAAUGCUGGCCAGAGCAGUGUCACUUUCUCUGUUCAGCCUCAAAGAGCUUAAGUCUUUGAACUAUUUUUAAAAAGUUCUAUAGAUGGGGUGCCUUGGUGGCUCCGUUGUUGAGCGGCUGCCUUCAGCUCAGGUCAUGAUCCCAGGGUCCUGGGAUCGAGCCCCGCAUCGGGCUCCCUUCUCGGCGGGAAGCCUGCUUCUCCCUCUCCCACUCCCCCUGCUUGUGUUCCCUCUCUGGCUGUGUCUCUGUCAAAUAAAUAAAUAAAUAAUCUUAAAAAAAAAAAAAAAGUUCUAUAGGGAUGAGGUCAAUAUGAUGAUAAUGUAUGUCCGUAGGAUAGUUUACUAAAGUUAGGUAGUUUAAUAGUACUAUGGUUAAGUAACCUGGUUUUGAUCAAGAUUUUUGUUUGUUUGUUUUGUUUCUUUGUGAAAGUUAAGAGAAGCUGUAAAGUAGUAUUUAAAAUAGUAAGCUAACUUCUCAUAUCAGUUCUUCUCUGUUUUAGAUCAGGUGCAGGGUAUGUGCAUACAAAAUAGGCAAGGCUAGUCCCUCAGAAACAGUAAUGGGUACAAUAAAACAAAACGUCUUUGCUUUUGGUUAAAAUAGAAGAUUGACAAACUGCUGAGUGGAGUUAAGAAGUUCACAGACUAACAUGCCAUGUAGGGCACAUGUUCUUUUCAUACUGCUCCCAGGGAUGUUCUACCCCUUGGAGCCGGAGACUGAUUUUUUUUCUUGAUAUUUUAAAUCCAAAGGAUUCAGUCUUUAGAUUGGGUAUUCAAACUCUGUGAAAUCACAAACUGUAUGUAGUUUCACAGUUUCCUUUCUACCUAAUGAAAAUGAAAUUCAGUCUGUUUAAUUUUUAUGGGGAUAGGCAGGAUGGCAGUAGCUUUGAGCAUAUCACUAGGGAUGAGUUAAAAAUAGAUUUUUCUUGAGGCAGUGACUUAUAUGGUAGAUAGUUGACAGGAGAGAAAAAUUAAGUUAAAUUUUGGGCUUGUAUCGUAAAUACUAAAUCUGAAUUCCACUUAAGGGUAUAUAAGAAAAAAAUUGAAAUGGUUUUCAUUUGAAGAUGAUAGCAUAAACAUUUAGUGUGGGUGUGCUGUUGAAAUAUUUUCUAGAUAAAACUUAAUGUGUAACAAUAUGAAAAUAUUGUAACUUGUUUUUAGUUACGUAUUUGGUGGAGUAACUGAGGCCAGGCUAGGUUAUAGGUGACUAACCAUGUUAAUAGUGACAUUAGAGUACUUCAGCUCAGAUCAUAAAUAGAUCGGGGAAAGGUCAAGAAUGAAUUAUGCUUUUCAGUGUUACUAAUAAAAUAGUAAAAUAGGUUUGGUAAGUUUUACAUACACCAGUAACUUUGACUGUAGAUUGUGAAAAGCCUUCAUUAUACUUACUUUUGCUUAUUUACCAUGCAUAAACUUUUCAAUGUCAGUUUUUUUCAUGUUUGUGUUUUCUGGUAGCACAUAACACCGAUAGCUACUAUUAACUUGCCAAAAAAGGAAAAAAAAUAGCAAAUUGAAAUAAGUUUUAACUGUUGCUCUGUUCUUUUUAGCUUACAUUACCCAGUGUUCUUCCAUCCAGUGAGUUGCAAGCGUGACAUUUGCUGUGUUUUCAGCACCUGCCAACUUGGAAACCAGGGUUUGUACUCAGGACUUAGGCUUACAACCCACACUUUGUGGUGCACAAUGCUGUCCCAGCUGGCAGGCUUCGUA